CUCACAGAGAAAAUCGCCAGGCUUAUCUGAUAGGGGGAAAAAAACAUCGUCACACCCUCUCCCACACUCAUGGCCACACCCGCCACCUCCCAAUCUCCAACCUCUUUGAUCCUCAACCCCAAACCCACGACAACACUCUCUUCCUCCCCUUUCCACCGGCUUCUCUGGCCUAGAACCAUAAGAAGAAGCUCCAACGCCUCCUUCGCCGCCGCCGCCGCCGCGAGAGCGCCUCUCGUACCCACAAAUGAAAUCGAAGAAGAAGCCUCCGGCGAUUUCAUCCGGCGGCUACAGAACGGGCCGGACGUGCGUGGGGUGGCGGUGGAAGGCGAGAAGGGCCGGAAGGUGGAACUGACGGCAUUGGUGGUGGAGGCUAUUGCCGAGUGCUUUGGAGAGUGGGUGGCGGAGAGGAAGGGUGGCAAUGAAAGCUCGGUGAGGGUGUCGGUGGGGAGAGAUCCUCGAGUUUCGGGGCGGGUGUUGAGCGCGGCGGUGUUUGCGGGGCUAAGGAAGGGGAAGUGCGAGGUGUUUGAUAUGGGAUUAGCGACAACUCCGGCGUGCUUUAUGAGCACUGUUCUGUCGCCGUUUGUCUUUGACGCCUCCAUAAUGUUGACCGCAUCGCACCUACCGUACACGAGAAAUGGGCUGAAGUUCUUCACGAAGGCGGGAGGGCUGAGGUCCGGCGACGUUGAACAAAUCUGCGACCGAGCUGCUCGUAAAUUCGCUCUUAAAAAAACGGGUCUUGGCCGAAGCGGCGGUGCGCCGCUGCCUCCGGUCACCCGCGUGGAUUUUAUGAGCGCUUACGCCAAGCAUCUACGUGACACAAUCAUCGAGAGAAUUUCUCAUCCAUCCCAUUACUACACUCCCCUUCGUGGCUUCAAGAUUAUAGUCAACGCCGGAAACGGCUCCGGCGGCUUCUUCACCUGGGACGUCCUCGAGAAGCUCGGCGCCGACACCACCGGCAGCCUCAACUUAGAACCCGACGGCAUGUUCCCCAACCACAUACCCAACCCGGAAGACCCCACCGCCAUGUCUCUCACCGUCGCUGCCGUCCUCCGCCACGGUGCUGAUCUCGGCGUCGUCUUCGACACAGACGUUGACCGCAGCGGGGUGGUUGACAGGACAGGUGCCAAAGUCAACGGCGACCGGCUCAUUGCCCUCAUGUCGGCGAUCGUGCUCCGCGAGCGUCCUGGCACGACGGUGGUGACCGACGCCAGGACGAGCGUAUCGUUGACUCGGUUCAUCACAGCGGCGGGGGGGCGGCAUUGCUUGUACCGGGUGGGCUACCGGAACGUGAUUGAUAAGGGGGUUCAGCUUAACGAGGACGGCGUGGAAACACACCUUAUGAUGGAGACUACGGGACAUGGAGCGCUCAAGGAGAACUAUUUUCUUGAUGACGGUGCAUACAUGGUGGUAAAAAUUAUCAUUGAGAUGGUUCGCAUGAGACUGGCUGGUUCCAGCGAAGGAAUAGGAAGCCUCAUCAAAGAUCUUGAAGACCCAAUUGAGUCUGUGGAGCUGAGGAUGGAUGUAGUAGCCCAGCCCAAGUAUGCUAAAGAGAAAGGUGCAGAAGCUGUGGAAGCUUUCAGGAAAUGCGUUGAGGAAGGGAAACUUGAAGGGUGGGAGCUGGACACGUGUGGUGACUGUUGGGUGAGCGAUGGAUGCUUGGUUGAUUCCAACGAUGAACCAGCUGACGUCGAUGCCCGUAUGUACAGGUCAAAGAUUUCUAAUGAACUACAUGGUCAGUAUGGUUGGGUGCAUAUGCGGCAGAGUGUUCAUAAUCCAAAUAUUGCACUCAAUAUGCAAUCUUCAGUUGUUGGAGGUUGCCAAACAUUUGCGACAGUUUUCAGAGAUCAGUUCCUGCUGGCUUGUGGCUUGGAGAAGAUGCUUGACAUCACAGAAGUAGAUAACUUUGCAAGGAAGGGGAAGUUGGCUUGAUUUGUGUUCUGCUGUCAUAGAAUGUUUUAUGAAUAAUUGUGAUAUUUUUAAGAAUAAAUUAUUCAUAAAUAAUAUGUUUAUAAUACAAAUAAUUUUGUUAUUCUGUAAUUAAUUAAGCUGCUAUUCUAUGAA